AUGGCUUCGAUCUUCGAAACUGCUUGGACGUAUCUGAUCACUCAUUUUAGUGACUUUCAACUGGCAUGUCUCGGAAGUUUCUUUCUUCAUGAAAGUGUCUUUUUCUUCUCGGGCCUUCCAUUUAUCUAUUUUGAAAGGGCAGGAUGGCUGAGCAAGUAUAAAAUUCAGACUAAAAAUAACUCCCCUGCAGCUCAGGAGAAAUGUAUCAUGCGCCUUGUGCUGUAUCAUCUAUGUGUCAAUUUGCCAGUUAUGAUUCUUUCGUAUCCUGUCUUUAGAUCAAUGGGCAUGAAAAGUAGUCUCCCCUUGCCGUCCUGGACAGUGAUUUCUACACAGCUUUUAUUCUACUUCAUCCUGGAGGAUUUUGUAUUCUAUUGGGGCCACAGGAUUUUACAUACAAAAUGGCUGUACAAGCAUGUCCACAGUGUUCAUCAUGAGUAUGCAACACCAUUUGGCCUGACUUCUGAAUAUGCUCACCCAGCUGAAAUACUCUUCCUUGGAUUUGCUACGAUUGUUGGUCCUGCCAUCACUGGGCCCCAUCUAAUAACUCUCUGGUUAUGGAUGGUACUUAGAGUCCUGGAGACGGUUGAGGCACAUUGUGGUUACCAUUUCCCAUGGAGCCUAUCAAACUUCUUGCCUUUUUAUGGCGGGUUAGUAAAAACAUUCUUUUUGCUCGUUGCUUAGCAGUCUCUGGCCCUCCCUUUUUUGUCCAUAUUAUCCACCUGAGAUUUGUUUGAAUCUUGUAGCGCUGAUUUUCAUGACUACCAUCACAGACUGUUGUAUACCAAGUCUGGCAACUAUUCCUCUACUUUUGUUUACAUGGACUGGAUAUUCGGCACUGACAAGGGUUACAGAAAAUUGAAGGCACUGAAGAGUGAUGGACAUGAAGCAGAGGUCAAGCAAACGUAACAGUUACAUUGGAAAUAAAAAUUGUUUACUGCUUUGGCAUCACAGGAUGGGUUGUUAAGAGCAUCUUGGUAAAGGUUCUAUUCCGUUCCUCUUCAUCUUGUGUGCAACUGUUUUUUGUGUCUAAUUGGUGUUCUGGAUGACAUUGUGUGUAAUGUGUAAUCAAUUCCAAGCUGCUUCUGGAUCUGUGCUGCUGUCCCAUUACAUGGAUGAAAUACCUGUCUUCUCAUUUUUUACAAUGUUUUCCAUUUC